GUGGACUCCACCAGUCUCACUUCAGUUCCUUUUGCAUGAAGAGCUCAGAAUCAAAAGAGGAAACUAACUCCUAAGAUGAGCCUUCCAUGUAAAAUUGUAACCAGCUUCCUUCUAAUUUUCAACGUUUCUUCCAAAGGUGCAGUCUCCAAAGAGAUUAGGAAUGCUUUGGAAACCUGGGGAGCCCUGGGUCAGGACAUCGACUUGGACAUUCCUAGUUUCCAAAUGAGUGAUGAUAUUGAUGAUAUAAAAUGGGAAAAAACUUCAGACAAGAAAAAGAUUGCACAAUUCAGAAAAGAGAAGGAGACUUUCGAGGAUAAAGAUGCAUAUAAACUAUUUAAAAACGGAACUCUGAAAAUUAAGCAUCUGAAGAUCCAUGAUCAGGAUAGCUACAAGGUAUCGAUAUACGAUACAAAAGGAAAAAAUGUGUUGGAAAAAACAUUUGAUUUGAAGAUUCAAGAGAGGGUCUCAAAACCAAAGAUCUCCUGGACUUGUAUCAACACAACCCUGACCUGUGAAGUAAUGAAUGGAACUGACCCCGAAUUAAACCUGUAUCAAGAUGGGAAACAUCUAAAACUUUCUCAGAGGGUCAUCACACACAAGUGGACCACCAGCCUGAGUGCGAAAUUCAAGUGCACAGCAGGGAACAAAGUCAGCAAGGAAUCCAGGGUGGAGACUGUCAGCUGUCCAGAGAAAGGUCUGGACAUCUAUCUCAUCAUUGGCAUUUGUGGAGGAGGCAGCCUCUUGAUGGUCUUUGUGGCACUGCUCGUUUUCUACAUCACCAAAAGGAAAAAACAGAGGAGUCGGAGAAAUGAUGAGGAGCUGGAGAUAAGAGCCCACAGAGUAGCUACUGAAGAAAGGGCCCGGAAGCCCCACCAAAUUCCAGCGUCAACCCCUCAGAAUCCAGCAGCUUCCCAACAUCCUCCUCCACCACCUGGUCAUCGUUCCCAGGCACCUAGUCAUCGCCCCCUGCCUCCUGCACACCGUGUUCAGCACCAGCCCCAGAAGAGGCCUCCUGCUCCGUCGGGCACACAAGUUCACCAGCAGAAAGGCCCGCCCCUCCCCAGACCUCGAGUUCAGCCAAAACCUCCCCAAGGGGCAGCAGAAAACUCAUUGUCCCCUUCCUCUAAUUAAAAAAGAUAGAAACUGUCUUUUCCGAUUAAAAAGCACUGUGGAUUUCUGCACUCCUGAUAUGCACAUCCGUACUUCCAUCAGGUGUUUUCUACAUGCAGAACAUUGUCACCUCCUGAGGCUGUGGGUCACAGCCACCUCUGCAUCUUCGAACUCAGCCAUGUGGCCAACAUCUGGAGUCUUUGGUCUCCUCAGAGAGCCCCAUCACACCAGUAAGGAGAAGCAAUAUAAGUGUGAUUGUAAGAAUUGUAGAACACCGAGCACAGAAAUCUUAGAGAUCUCUUUUCCCCUCUCAGAUCAUGUGUAGAUGCGAUAAAUCAAGUGAUUGGUGUGCCUGGGUCUCUCUACAAGCAGCCUAUCUGCUUAAGAGACUCUGGAAUUUCUUAUGUGCCCUGGUGGACACUUGCUCACCAUCCUGUGAGUAAAAGUGAAAUAAAAGCUUUGACUAGA